CAGCUCCGGUUUUACACCUUUCUUGGCCAGUUCUGGAACGGAGCUGGUAAGAUGAGGAGUCCAUGGAAAACAGUCUGAAGGAUGGGUUGCUGCGGCCGUAUGGAGUGACAGACGGACAGAUCAACACCGCCCCAUACACGCCUUCUUCAUCCUGGAUCUGAUUGAAUAAUGUCCCAACAGUUUAUCAUACGUUUCUUGCAAUAGGCAUGGUGUGAUAGGUCCAUCUACACCAAUUGA